GAUCAGACAGUGCACAAGCAGCUACUGAAAAAUAAGCUUGUUAAUUUCAGCGGACUUUACUUCCACGGAAGCGUAAAAUAGAACACCGCAAUAUUUUCUAAGAACAGAAAAAAACAUAAGAUUUAAUUAUCAGCUUUUUAAAAAAAAGAAAAUAAAAGCAAAAUAAAGCCAUUCUAACGCAAGCAGAAUUUAGAGGACACUCCCUAAUUCCUAUAUAUAUUUAGCUUCUCAUCCUUACAAGUCAAAAAUUGCAUUUCGCUAGAGACUUUUACAGCUGUACGGAGUGCCGUUUAAAGCAUAGGCAAAGACAAAAUUUCUUCUUCAGAUAUGUCAUUUUAUAAUGCAACCAAAUCUUUGGCAAAAAUGAUAGACUCACAAGGAGAUUGGUUUCCGGUACCCAGCUUGAUAGACCAUGACAACUUUAGGCCCUUUUGCCUGCUACAAAAGAAAAGGAAGACAUCAUGGUGGCAAAGCUGUCCUUUUCACAAAACUGAAUACCAGUUUUAUCAUCUGCUGUUAUCAGGAAAUAACACUUCAAGACUAGUUCUCAACAAUUCAGAGUUAUUCACCUUUGAAGUCACUGUAGAUGGAACACUGAAGGGGGAUAUUAGUGGAAUUACUGACACUGAAAUAACUAGUGCUGUCAGCAUUUCUUAUGAAAGGUCUGUAAAGAUGAAAAAGAUAGAUGUUCCAAUCCAAGACCUUGAAUCUUUGAUGAAAAAAGAAAAAAUCAACAAUGAGCAUCCAUUUAUUAAACAAUCAAAGAAGCUUCAGAGGAACUUAUAUGUGAUCACUGCAUCAGCAGAAGCUGUGGAAAUGACAAAGUUUGGAGAAACUAACAAAGUGGAAAGCAGCAUCUUUCAUAAAGCCUACAUCAAACUGAAUCUGAAGGGUUCCAGAGAUAGGAAGAAAAUAAUCACUAUCCCAAAGGGAUGCAUUUUGGCAUUCAAAGUUAAGAAAUUAUUUAUAGAAGAAGAAACUGUAGGUAUUUCUUAUUACUCAAAUGAUAAAACAGGAACUUUUGGUACACGGCUUGUUUGUAAAUGUGCAGUUGCGGACAUUACGAAACCUGAGGCUAUAAAAGGAAAAGUUGGGGGUCGUCUUAUACGCCCAGCCGUCUUAUACGCCGGAAAAUACGACAAUAGGAAAAACCUUCGAAGGGAAGUUGAGAAAGAAUAUGAACCAUUUUCUUUAAUGUCUUCAAAUCUGCGUGGCAAAUUUCUAGCUAGUUUUGUGGUACUAAUGAACAAAAGUGACCUUUUGGGAGAACUGGAGCUCCAGCUGGAACAGGUUCUUGAGGAUCCUGAACAAUUCAAAGUAAAUAUGGACAAACCAGAGUUUAAGGAUCUGAUGGACAACUUGCAAGAUGUCAAAGGAGCAAUUGUCAUUGAACUUGCUGAGGCUACCCUCUAUUUUCUUCAGGCUCUUGAUGAACUGACAGAGUUCCAGAUAAUGCUAUUGGUAAAAUCUAUGGAAAAAAAGAUUGUAUCCCAGCAACUGAACCUGGUUGGAAGAAUCAUAGAAGAAUAUUUCUGGAAUGAAAAACAGAAUUUUACUGUAGAAGUCCAGCAGUUACCUGAAGAGGAAUGGGAUAUAACUGAAGCAUUAAUUGAAGAAAUAAGUGGAAUAUCCAUUCAACAAAGGGGAUGCACUGUUACUAAAUCUGUAAACUCUGAUGCUUCUUCAGCCCUCUCUGCUCUAUAUGUGGCUCUAUUUGCAAUCGAUCUUCUAUCUAAGACAGGUUUUUAAGCCAUACUUGUAAAUCACAGUAUGUUUGCAGAUAGAAAAGAAUCAUGCACAAACGCAGCAGUCUAAUAUAUUCAAAAUGAAAGUUGUAAUCUGAUAGCCAUAUUUGAAAGGAAGUUUACCUGAGAAUAUCAAUUUAUAUUAGGUAUUUACUACUUGCAUUCAAUUUUCCAUAACUGCAUUCACACAAAACUCUAAAUCAUUUGUAGUUUGGCUUAGUGGACUGUUCAAACUUAGAUGUCAGAAACCAUUACAGUUAUUAAAAUAAUCACUAAAUAUAAGGAGAAAAAGAAAAAUUAAGGAAAAUUAGAUUUGCAGGUAGUCUCUGACAUAAUGACCAUUUAUUUAACAACCAUUUGAAAUUGAGAACUGCUGAAAAAAGUGACUUAUGACCAAUCCUUGCACAUACAUUCAGACUGGAUUUGCUUAAUGAUCUUGUGAUUCAUUUAAUGACUGCAGCAAAAAGAUCAUAAAAUUGGGCAAACAUAUUUAACAACUACAUUGCUUAGCAAAUAGCCAGUUCCAAUUAUGGUUGGAAGUGGUGGACUACCUGUAUAUUAUUUCAAUAUAAAAUUAAAUGUCCUUAAACUUAUUAUUAAAUCUAAACCAAAAACAUACAGCCCCAUCUUCUCAUUUUAGAAUAUAAGACAUUUCAGAAAUGGAUAAAGAAUUGCAUUUUAAAUCUAGUUAUUACAUUAGUGUAAUUAGCUGUAUGUUACUUCUGUCACAAUCUCACAAUCUAUCUUUCAGGCACCUUCUCCUCAACUUAUGUUUGGAAGAGAGGACUUGCACAACUGUUACUGGCAAAUAUAAAAGAACUAUGAUAAAAUUAAAAUAAACUGUAAAACAGCACCUAUAGUAUGAACCACAUGACUACAGAAAUCAUUUCUCCCCAUAUUUAAACAUUCCUUUAGACCCAGAUCAGUAUCACAGCCAUUAACUAAAAUUAUUUUUUCUUUUAAUGUUAAAUUAAAUAAUGUUUCAUUUUAAAUAGUCAUGUGAAAAACAUUUUUCACUCUAGCAUUUGUCAAUAGGUCAUGGAAGCAUAACUAUCAAGCAGCUACAUUUUUAUAAAAAAGCAAUUCCAUGGGGUGGCUGCAUAACUAGAUGGCUUGGAGUAGGAGAUUGAAGACCCUCCAGGGUCAGCCCUGCUUUCACUGUUUCUUAUUCCUUUUGUUUCAUAAUCCUAUUAUAUUUAAUAUACUGUGGAAGAGAAACAAAAUUUCAUUUAAAAUUAUCAAACUAUUUCAGACAAGCUCAAGGAAGCAGGAGACAGAACCUACACAAAUAACCUACACUUGCCUUCAUUACAUUUUCACUUCACAGGAGCUAGGGGGAGGAGCAACUGCCUGUGAGGGGGGAGUCUGAGAGUGAGUACAGAGGAGAAAGGUAGCGCCCUGUGUGCCUAAUGGCACGCGAAUCAUAUAAACCAAAAAUAGCAAUAAUAUAUUCAGGGUUAGUGCACUUGAGAUUGUGAUUUUAUUCUAUUUUAAAAUGACCAGCUUAGUUCAGUGUAAUACUUGUUUUGCAGCUGUCUUUCACAAUACUCUUUUCAAAUUUGGGUACUGUCCUCUUUGUAAACAAAUUAGUAGUCUACGUGGACAGAUUACCGAUCUAGAAUCACUAAUCUGUGCUCUCCAAGCAGAAAUUAGGUGCCCAAUUCAGCCAUUCCACUAUAUUGAGCUGCCACACCAUCAAUCCCCUCACAAAGAUCCUGCAGGAGAAGGGCAGUAUGGACAACCGUGGGAUCUGGCAGGGUGAGAGCUGUGAACCAUAAACACAAAGCUUUUGCUGUGUCCCAGCGUAACAGAUAUAGUGCCCUUGCUGACCUUAAUAGAGACACUAAAGUGACAGGUCAAGCUAGCUGUGAUACUAAUAACUCAAAUAAGCAGGGGAUUGUGAAUUUACUUCGGAAAGGGGAAAGUGUGAACCAGGUAUAACACAUCGGUCAACAAGAAGAGCAUGGAAUCCAAAAAGAGAAGUCACCUUCUGGUUGGUGAUUCAGUUGUAAGGGAUGUAAAUUUAGGAAAAGAUAUGAAGGUUUUGAAAGAGGUCAGGUAUCUGCCAGGUGCUACUGCCAGCAGAGACAAGAGGCAUAUUCUUAAGAUAGUCAAGAAUGCCAGUAAGGACUGUGAUGUUGAUGCUAUCAUACAUCUUGGCACAAAUGAUCUGUCCCAAAAGGAUGUACUUUCUGUGCAUAAUGAUUUCCAGAGCUUGGGGUAUAAACUUAGUAGUAUAGGUUGUAGGCUUAUCUUUUCAGAGGUUUUACCGUAUAUAAGGAACAAAAAGGGAAAGGCCAGAGUGUAGCAGAGUUUAAUGUGUGGCUAAAGGAGCGGUGUAGAAGGGAAGGCUUUGGUUUUAUUAGUCAUGAUGUCUAGAACUGGUCCAAUGAAGAACUGUACAAAAGAGAUGGACUGCAUCCAUCAAAGAAAGGGACUGGGUUACUUAGCAAUAAAUUCAUAGAUUUUCUGGAUAAACAUUUAAACUGAACAGUGUGGGCAGAGAAUUAAUUGAUACAGAACAUUUCUGUCCCCAGCAAUCCAAAAUUAAUAGGGCUAUCAGUGCAUGUAACAUAGAUGUCUGUGCGAAUAAGAUUAUCACCCCUGCUGUCAACCAAAACCAAGCAUUUAAUAGUGAGUGCCAUACCAUGUGCAUUAAUCAAACAGAUGGCAAGAAAGUAGGGGCAGUCAGGCACAACACAAGUUAUGUAGACAAUAAACAUAGGGUCAAUCAAAAUUGACUCAAAUGUCUAUACACCAAUGUACAGAUUAUGAGGAAUAAACAGGGUGAAUUAGAAAUUCAAGUAAAUGAGGGCAGAUAUGAUAUUGUUGCCAUUACGGAAACUUGGUGGGAUGAAACCCACAAAUGGAACAUACAACUAGAGGGAUAUAAAUUAUUUAAAAGAAAUAGACCACAUAAAAGAGGAGGUGAAGUUGCACUAUAUAUAAGAAAUAACCACAUUCCUACAGAAAUAGAGCACAACAAUGAUGAAAAUUAUCUUGAAUACAUUUGGGUCAAUAUUAAAGGGGGGGGGGAUGACAUUGCCAUAGGUCUAUACUAUAGGCCAUGUCAGAAUAUUGCCUGCUUAUGAUGCACCAGAGACUAGAAGGGGUUAAGUCUUUACAGAUAUCACAUGUGACUAUAUCAGCCAAUGAACUCUUUUAUUGGACUCUUACCCAGAAACCACUUGGACAUCUUCCCUGUUUUUUCUCUCUCUCUCAUCUAUCUCUCAGCAACACAGCACGUGAACUUAUCUCUCCUCUCAACAUCUGAGUCAUACAGUUAGGGUAAAAGGUGGAACAGGACACCCUGUUCAUUAUUGUAUGCAUGUAUAUAUUUUGUAAAUAAUAAAACAACUUUUGAACCUGAA